CGUACGGGCGACCAAGGGCUCGAACGCUCAAAAGGAGUGUGCGGAUAUUUUUGUGUUAAAAGUUACGCGAGCGGCGUGUACGAAUCGCUCACGGUUCGUAGACGCGCGGGGAAAACGCCGACCGGGCUAUUGCGUGCCCCGCGCGAAUCGACGACGAGACGAAUCGCCGCCGCGGCAUCGGGCCGCGCGUCCGUUAUCCCGAAAAGUGCCGUGCCGCAACGCGCGUCGUGCCCCCUUCGGUCGACGAGCGACUCCGAGCGAUGCGCGACGGCCGACUCGCCGAGUUUCGCGUUUGAAUAGGAAAAACUGGCGAGCCCUCCUCGCCCCCGGCUGGCGAGACACGCGAAACGUUCGCCGUCGUCUCGCCCAUGGUGAAUUUCAGUGAAUUUCAAAGCGUGAAAAGUGACGUUGGAACGUGACUGCCGUACACCACGGACACCGACGGUUCGGCGCGCCAUUUAAAAUCGUGAACACGAUCGUUCUCGACGAGUGUGUCUCGCUCGGGCGUCUCCGAGGUGCGAAUUCGCGCGAUAAGCACCUUCGCCCUACGUCCGCGCUUUUUCGCAGACGGAGAAUCUCGAUUCUCCGCAAAUUAUGUAACUGGCACCGACGCCGAUAUGCCGAUGAUAAACGCUACGCCCGCUAGAAUGGAAGAGGAAAUAGUGGUAGACGAUAUUGAUGAAAAUAGUACUGCGGAUACGCAGCAUAGUGAUGGUACGACUACACCCGUAAUGCCACUGCUGUACAUCCAACAAAAUAAAGUACGUUCUACUCUAUCGCCAAGCGUAAAUCAAAAUCUUGUUUCACCUAGCACCCAACUCGCUGCCAUUAUUAAUCCGGUUAAUAACCAGAUUGUGACUGGACAAAAUAAAGUAUUUAUACAAGGACCAAGUCAGGUAGCUACGUCUCAGAGUAAACAACACAUCGUCAUUCAUCGUCCAAUAAAUACUGUGAGCACUGCGGCGACUUCACAGGCUCAAAAACACAUUUUACUUAGAAAGUCGACAUCUACUGCUCAGAUAGUACCCUUGAAUACAACGCAAGGAAAUCAAACCAAUGCGCAAGUGGGAAAGCAUACAUUUGCAUAUCUAGGAACUCUCAUUAAGCCUAACAAGUCACGAGAAUCUGUCGUUAUACCUGCAGGGGCUCUAACACCAACUCAGAUAACUAAGCCCAAAUUAGUAAUUACUCCAGUAAUAUCGCAAUUAGCUCAAUCCACAAGUACUACAAGCUCUCAGAGUCAACCUCCUAAACACAUGGCGAAUUUAAUAUUGCCAGUGAACAUUCCCCAGCAAAGUUGCAGCACAAAACCUAGCAUGUUCAACCUAAAAAUCAAUAAUGGUCAACUGAGCACAGAGAGCAAAGGUACCAUAACAGUGUUACGUGAGUCAAAAACGACAAACUCAACGACACAUCCUCCACCGCUACAUCCAAUAGCAAAAAUGAGUCUUUUAAAUGCAAAUAAGGGUAAUUCUAAUUCCAUAGACAGUAUAAAAAUCACUGAAAACCCAGAUUCAGCUGUUAUCACGCCAAUUCCGAAGAAGGAAGAUAAUCAACCGGAAAAGCGAAAAAAGACAAUUAGCAACAUAUUACGAGGUUCUACUGAGAAACGGUUGAAGAAGCAGAAUAUCCCAAAAUCUCCUCAAGACAGUCUGGCUGAUGCCAAUUACGCAUUGAGCAGUCCAGAGUGUGAACAAGACAAAGAUAAGAAGGCUCACAAUGAUGAUGACAUUACGUUAAUAAAAGUUAUUCCUAGUGAGGAUAAAGUUCCAAAACUUAAUACGAAUAUGGAUGAUGAUAUAAAAAUUGAAAUAAUUAAAACUCCAACGAAUGUUGAAACAGUGCCAGACAAUAAGAGUGAAGCAAAGAGUAACAAUUAUGAGGAAACAAAAGAACAGUUGAAUACUCUGAAUCAGAACAAUACGAAUUUUGAUGCAUCUAAAGUUUUAGAUUGGAAAGAUGGUGUCGGUACUUUACCUGGAAGUAACUUACAGUUUCGUAUGAAUGAAUUUGGCAUCAUGGAAGUAGUAGAUGAAGAUGAGAGUAAUAAACAGAAUAAGGACGGUAUUGGUGACAAAGAAAAUGUAUGUUUAACACAAAAUUCCUCAAAGACCAGCCCAGGAAUCGUUAAUAAUACUAAUGUCGAGAAAAAAGCUGAGGAUAGAAAAUCUAGAUCGGUAAGUGCAGAUACCGUGUAUCAUUGUGAAGCUUGUGGAUGUUACGGAUUGGCUGCUGAAUUUGAAAGUCCAAUAUCGUGUAGUCCUUCCUGCACAGAAGUGAUGGAGGCUAAAAAACAAUCUGCAAAUCGAAAGGACAAGGAUCUAAAGGAAGUGCGCAUGAAAAAGAAACGCAAAAGGUUAUUACAAGAACCACAAUGGCCAAAGGAGAUGGAUGAAAGGUCUGAUGAAAAGACACAUGAUAAAAUAAAAUUGGAGAUGGAUGAGGAAAAAGACGCAAUAGCGGGUAUGGAUGAUGAGAUCCAAGGAGAUUCCUCAGAAUCGAAGUAUCCUUGGCAAAGAGGAAAGCUAGGUUUUUCAUGGCCGAAGUAUCUUGAACAUUGUAAAGCAAAAGCGGCGCCUGUUAAGUUAUUCAAAGAUCCCUUUCCCUACAGUAAAAAUCAUUUUAGAGUUGGAAUGAAAUUGGAAGGUAUAGAUCCGGAACAUCCUUCUCGGUAUUGUGUUCUGACUAUUGCCGAGGUUGUAGGUUAUCGAAUGCGUUUGCAUUUCGACGGUUAUCCAGAAAAUUAUGAUUUCUGGAUAAAUGCAGAUAGCAUGAAUAUAUUUCCCGCCGGUUGGUCUGAGAAGAACGGCAAAAAAUUAAAUCCACCAAAGGGUUAUACAUCUGGAACUUUUAAUUGGAAUGCAUAUUUAAAAAUCUGUAAAGCAUCUGUAGCAGCGAAGAAUCUAUUUCCGAAUAAAGGCGCGCUCCAAACCGUCUUUACCACAGGCUUUCGCGUGGGCAUGAAGUUAGAGGCAGUGGAUAGGAAGCAUUCUUCAUUACUUUGCGUCGCUAGCAUAGCAGGUUUAAUGGAUUCUCGAAUAUUAGUCCAUUUCGAUUCUUGGGACGAGGUGUAUGAUUACUGGGCUGACGCAAGUUCGCCAUAUAUUCAUCCUGUCGGAUGGUCUCAUCACAAUGGACGCGUCCUGAUGCCACCGAAUAAUUAUAAGGAUCCUAAAUCUUUCACUUGGGAUAUGUAUCUGAGAGAAACCGGCUCAGUGGCUGCUCCGGCAAGGGCAUUUAAACAACGUCCACCAUGUGCGUUUAAACGUGGUAUGAAAUUAGAAGCGGUAGAUAAGCGGGUUCCACAGCUAAUCAGAGUGGCAACGGUCGAGGAUGUAAAAGACCACCUAUUAAAGAUAAAAUUCGAUGGCUGGCCUGAUAAUCAUGCCUAUUGGGUUGACGACGAUUCACCUGACAUUCAUCCUGUGGGCUGGUGUGCAAAAACUGGUCAUCCACUGGAACCACCACUUACACCCGAUAAUUUGAAUGAUCGACCGGAAUGUGGCACAUACGGCUGCCGAGGUAUAGGACAUGUAAGAGGACCUAAAUUUCUAACACAUAAUUCAGCAUCAGGUUGUCCGUAUUCUCCCCAAAAUCUAAAUAAAUCGGGUCAGAUGCCUGAUAGACUCAACUUGUCGAAAAACCACGACUCUCACGAAGCCUAUGAUUAUGAAGGGGAGAUACAGGAAAAAAUAAAACUAGAGAAGACUGACCGAAUAAAGAUAGAAAAGCCUGAGAAGUCCGAUAAACUUUUGUUCUCAGAUGAUGGAAUGUUAAUGAUCGAAAAAGAGAUUAAGCAGGAAGAUGGAGAUUCAUCGGAUAAGAAUGACAAAUCUGAAAAUAGAUCGGAAAAUUCAGACAAAUCCAACAAGUUUAAGAAUCUCCACAGCGAUGGACAAACGGAUGAUGAUGAAAUUUCGAGAAAACGGAAGAAAAGACAUCCAAAUUUGGAAGAGUCUUUGUUUACCGUUUCCAAUGUUACGUAUGGCGAUCUUCAUUGGAGUAGUACCACCGCAUAUGCUGCAAAUAUACCGGUCAAGCAAUUGCGUAAAGAGUUGUACCAAUCUGUAUAUAAUCCGGGAUACAAUCCUCUGCCGAAUGCACCACAUAUAUGGGCGAAACAUAGCAAUGCCUUAAAUAGAGUAGUAUCAAGGCAGACUACGAAUCCGCGACGAUGGUCUAAUGAAGAAGUGAUCAAAUUUAUACAGAGCAUGCCUAAUUGUGCCGAAGCUGGAAAUGUCUUUAGGCAGAACAAUAUUGAUGGCGAGGCAUUUUUAAUGUUGACUCAAGAGGAUUUGGUAUCAGUACUACGUCUGCGACUCGGACCUGCGAUUAAGUUGUACAAUAGUAUAGUUUUGCUACGUCAGAAAGCAUCAUAAAUUAAAUGCGAGCGAAACAUGUUUCAUUGACUGGCGAAUGAUAUGUGGCAGCUGCGUUAUGAUGGAAUAUAUCGCCUAUAAUUUAUUUAAAAUAUCAAGGAAAUUUAAUCUAUAUUUUUUUUGUCAAUAAAUUUCAGAAUUGUAUCUUCUUAAACAGGCAGACGAACAAGAAGGAAACGAAUAAGAUUCAUGCAAACGGAUACUCGCAAGUGCUUGGUUCUGAAAUAUUUGUCUAAAAUUUUUUGUUUAAAUCGACAAGAGAAAAUCGGUAGAAAGAGAGAAAGAGAAAGAAAGAAUUAUUGCAAAAUUGAUAAUGCUUACAUGACACAUUUUAAUUUGACAAUUCUUUGAAUCCUGCAAUGGGACAAAUUCAGUGCUGUACGCAUUGCUCGAAGUACUUACGACAUGAUAUGACAUAAUUUUUCGUAUAAGAUAAGAUGAGUGUAUUGAAUCGUGUACAAAUGUAAAUAUUGUUUUAAUUAUUAGGUAUUGUAAUAAAAAUACUUAUGCAAAUCUUUUCACCUAA